UUCUCUCAUAUCACACAGAUUCUUUCAUUUCACUUGGAAAUAUGGCAGAGAGCAGCUCAACUCCAUCCCAACAAUCCCAUCACAAGCCGAGCUCGGCCCUGAAACUAUUCGGUUUUACCCUAAUAGAACAUGAACAAGACGUAGCCAAAAGUGGAGAAACUACUAGUAGUAAUUGUAGUAGUGUAGAAAUUAGGAAAUUCGAGUGCCAUUUCUGUGGACGAGCAUUUGCCAACUCACAAGCAUUAGGAGGCCAUCAAAAUGCGCAUAAGAGAGAGCGUCAAAGAGCGAGGCGUGCUCAGUACCAUUGCGAUCGGCGGUUGAUGGCAGCUGCUCCAGUUGUUAGCUCACAUGCUAUGAAAGCAACACCUAAUUCCACCAUUUGUUCUGCAGGUUUAAUUUCUAGCAGUGAUCAUUUUGCUGGUGCCAAAUUAAGGCCUCCACAACCGAGUAAUGGUCAGGCAAGGCCACUGUUGUUCGCACCAUCAUCUGCUGCUUCUAGAAUUUAUGUCGGGCCACCAUUGCGCUUGGCUGCUACUUCAAUGCCAUCUUUUGCUGAAUUUAAUCCUGCUAAAUUGUUGUCUGAUCAGGAAGUAGAAAUUGAUCUUUGUUUAAAACUUACUCCCUCAGGUUAGUUGUCAUAGUUGAACAAUCUUGUUAGUUAACUCUCUGCAAUUUUGUCUUUUCUUUUUUGGGAAACAUUUUU